CCCCUAAACAAAGUUCGUUGAGUGGGUUGAUUUGGACAAGUCAAACCGACAUAACGAUUUACGAGUAGGAGCGAUAGGGCAUCUCAUACGACAUGGAGUUUGCUGCGACUUUUGGCAGUCUUGGCGACAUCAUUGCUAUCUGCCAAAUAACAAUUCAAUUAAGUCGCGCACUUGGAAUUGGUACGGCCGGGGCUUCCAGUAGUGCCUGGGAGUAUCAGGAGCUUCGCAAAGAAAUAGAUAUUUUCAUCAACAUAUUGCUCAAUGUCGUCGCAACGUGUGAGCAAUAUACUUCACCGAGUUUGAGUGACUUGAAUAGGACUAUACAUACUAUAGUACAAGACUGCCACAUUCAGAUCCAAGAGAUUCUCCAUCGUUUUGUACCUAAAUACCACGAAAGUCUAAAACCCGGUGGCUCAACAAGAAAGAUUGUAGAUGCUUUCAAAAAGCUGGAAUGGACGGUUAAAGAGAAAGAACGCACCCGAGAAUUGCAGGAUAAACUCCAUACCAAUGGACAAAAACUUUCUAUGCUUAUGCUCAUUGUUUCAAGGCAAUCAGCGCAUGCAAACAAUGCAACACUCCUAGCCAGGAUUGAAGAGGUGUCGAUUUUGGUCUCCAAACAGGAGCAACACCAAAACGUAUUGCUAGAUCGUCUCAACCGAACUAUCGAUCAUUUCCAACGACAAGAAAACCAGAUCGAUGCGAUCGAGCACAACAUCGAAGUCCACUUAGAUAACAACAAUACCAUAUUGACCAUUGCUAAAAGCACGAUUGACCCAAUCAAGCACUUGGAGCAAUUAUUGGCAAAUGUUGCGCACGAUGUUGUCCAAUUACGUGAGACAGUAUCGAAUUCCAACUUUAUACGGUCGUUGGAUCCUACUCGAGAAAUGCCACUGAAUCUGAACGACGCGUUCGGUCGGGAUAUUGCAAUACCCCUCCAGCUCAUAAUAGAUUGGCAGUCUUUCAACACGAUCCUCGGAAUUUUGUUCCAAAGUCAGAAGGGUCACGACAUGGUUCUAAAGCAGCAAUUUGCUCUUGAAGAACACUUCUCUGGGAAGGAUAUCGCGCGGGAUUCACCUUUAUCUGAGUGUAUCAGACGAGGCAUGCGGAUCGAUAUGAGUAUGAUUUUCGAAACAAACAUCGUAUUGCUAGGAGCCUGCCCUCGAUGUCGCGAGGAUACCGACGCGCCAGAGAAUGUAACAAUACAAUGACACAGAACUGCGGGAUGUGGUUUCGCGUCCUACAAACUAAGAUCUCACGGACACCUAUUCAGCAAGGAUUUCUUGGUGGCGUGAUCAGGGAAC